AUAAUAUAAUCAAUAAACCUCUGAAUAUAAUAUACCUCAAAUAAUUGUCUCCGUAAAAUCAAUUGUAUAAGUUAUAAAAUGUUAUGGAACUCAUGAAUGAUAAGAAAAAUGAAUAAGUACUACUUUUAUCAAAACGCUACGUGUAAGAUAAAUCUUAAAAAAACAUAAAUAAACAAAUAUGGCGGAAAAAUUCAAAUGUGGGUGUAUAAAACUUAUUGAUGAAAAUUAAACAAAGGAUAAAAAUCGGUCUUAUAGUUAAUGCUUGUAAAUCUAUACAAAACUUAAUGUUUAUAAUCCAUUUUAACGCGCAUAAGUAUAAGAAUCAAACAAUAACAAAUGUAAAUGCUUCAAAUUUAGCGCCAAGUGCGUGGGCGGUAUAUAAUGCAUAUGUAUAUGUUUAAGUACAAGUUGACUUCAAAUGAUGAGCACACAACGCCUUGACAUUCAAACAGCUGCAACAGUCACACCGACAGCCAACUGGCUCGGUGCUCUGCUAUAGGUGCCUGCAGUGUCCAAUACAUUAUUGCGCAGGUUAAAUACACCCAGGCAGAUAGAAAGAGAAAAAGAACAGCCAGGCAACAUAUUUAAAAUACAUACAUAACAAAUAGUGAGGAAAGUCGAGACAAAGAGAUACUGAGCCUCUGCUUCAGGGGGGCGUUUUACACGCGAUGCAGUGCUUACGAUUUCCUGACAACGUCCGGAUAGCUGCAUAAUCUUACGAAAACUUCUUUAACAUUAUUUCGUCGCUGACGAAACAUAAACUAAUGAAAACAUAUUUAUAAUACGUCGUUUACAAACAUCUUAAGAGUUUUAUGUAUGGCCCAGUUAUCAGCAGUAUCAUUUUGAUUAUUUAUGAUCAAUUUCUGCAAAGGUGCAUAAAUUGACACGUUGACAACGACAAUUUAUCGUGUGCUAAUCCUCACUUGGAGAGAGACAGAGAGAGGACUAUCAUCAAGAAAGAGAAGUGUAAUAAUAUACAUGGUAAGAGAUAGCAGGAAGUUAUCACAAUGAUGCCUGAUCAUCGCUGAUUUGUAUAAAUACAUACACACAUUCCAUUCAAGGGAACUAAGAUACAUUUUAGAGCGAUGGAUAGUUCUACUGGUCAACUGCAAAUCAAGUAUCAGAAACUAGCUACAGAAUACUCAAAAAUUCGUGCUCAAGCAAAUGUCCUAAAGAAAGCUGUGAUCGAUGAGCAGACUCGCAACACAGAGCUGAGAGAACAAUUAAAAGAAAAAGAAGUCGAACUCAGAAGAGCAGAACAGGAAUUGGAUAGUCUUACUUUUCGUAAUCAGCAAUUAACAAAACGAGUAACUGUAUUGCAAGAGGAUCUUGACAAGGCUCAAAGUAAAACAAAGAAAGGAAAAAACAAAGCCACAGAGAACAAAGCUCAAUUACCUCCACCACCUCCUAAUCACAUUCUCGAUGAAGAAUUUCAAAAGAAAAUUGUUGAAAAUGCUCAACUGCAAUCACAGAUAAGUGAUAAGAAUAACGAAAUAGAAGGUUUACUGGGUAGAGUACAACAUCUGGAGUACAAACUAGAACUCUCAGAAAGAGCAAAAGUUGAACUAGAUAGCAAAUAUCGUGAAAUAAUAGAAAAACUAGAAAGAGAACGAAACGAUGCUCAAAGAAAACUUAAUGAGAAACUAAAGGCAGAAGAAACAGUAUCCUGGUCAAGUGGAGAAGGAAAGAGAGAUGGAUACGACUUGGAAUUAAAAUCUGGGCUCACUAGUCACAGGCAAGAUCAUUCUCCCUUCUCCUCACCCUCUGCGUCAAGAAGAUCUUCAAAGUCAACAGUGGAAAUAGGACCACCAAGAAAAGCUUGGUCAUCAGCACAAGAUGAAAAUAGCGAAGACUUUGAAUUCACAAAACUAUGUGAAUUAGAGAAAGAAUUAAAUCACUGGAAAGCCCAGUAUAAUAUUGUGAAAAUAAAAUAUGAUGAACAAAGUCAGAAAGAAAAUAGUGAAAAAAGAAUACUCGAAACUAAUGGUUUAGAACCUAUUGAAGUUAAUAAUAUGAUUGGUAGACUAAUUGGGCCUUUUGCAAUACCAGAAGAAAUUGAGGCUCGUGAAACUAGAAUUAGAGAAUAUUUUUUGCGAGAAAUUGAUAGGUUAAUAACAGAGAAACAUAUUUGUCAUGUUAGAAAUUUAGCUAUAGCUGCUAAUACUGAAGUAAUGAACGUUCACUUAGACACAAGCGAAGAACAAAGAGAAAAAUGUGAAGCAGCAUUGCUAGAAGCACUUUCUAAAUGGAAAAGCUUGCAAGAGGACAAAGAAGUGCAAGAAGGAAACUACAAGUUGCAACUAAGUACAAUGAGUGAACAUCUUGCCAAUAUGAACGAAAAACUCAUUCACCAAACAGAAGAAAUUCAACAAUUGAAAUUUGAACUCUCCACUAAAAACAGUAAAAGAGGAAAAUAAGCCAAUGCUCAUUAACAUUUUUUUCCAACGAUUUCAACACAUUCCAUGAUGUUAUCGUAUUCGUCAAGGAACUUCGUUUUAUGUAAAUAUUACGACUACAAUGUCGAAUUUCGAUGUGCUCCUAACUACGAAAUUGCUAAGAGCUUUCUGACUUGGUGUUGUUAUUUAUGAACUCUAAAUAAAAAAAAAUGUUAACGCUCGCUAUUCGAGCGUUAAAUAUGUACAAAUAUAA